AUGUUAGUCCUUGAACAUACUUCAGACUGGGAAAUACUAAGGUAUUGCCAAUCAAGAAAUUAUCCAACUUGGGGUCAACCGUUUACUCUAACUGAUUAUCAGGAAAGAGAGGAAAUCAACUAUAAACAUGAACUCUGCGAUAUAAUGAGAGAUUACUCCAAGAAGAAGAAGGGAGUCUACUAUUGGAUUAUGAGAGAUUCUGAAGCAGAUAUUGAAAGGUCGUCCAAUCCGAAGUUCCAAAACAUUGUUUCUGCUUGUGAGAUUCUCGUUAGAGACUCCUACUUUGUUGAUGCUUCGUCGAAUGACAAAACCGACAUUCAGGAAUGCUUGAGUGCUGUAAUUGGAUCUGUUUUUACCUUUCCGGAAUAUAGGUCUAGAGGAUAUGCUACUAAGAUGUUGAAGCUAUUAGUGGAUAAAAUGAAGAUUCUCCUUGGUAAUCCAUACGACUUCUCUUUCCUAUACAGUGAGGUUGGAGAGUUCUACUCAAAGUUUGGGUUCAAGAGCUACUAUGAGCCUCUCUGUGUGAUACAAGUAGGUUCUCAUAGAACAAAAGUUAGUUACAAGUAUACCGAAUUAACCACGGAUUUUCAUGCACAAAUGGAGCUCUAUGACGAAAGGUUGAAACGGUUGAUGAAAAAACAUGCACAGAAGGAAAAUAAACUUGUUGUCAGCUUGAAGCCGGAACAAAAUAUUAUUGAGUGGUUCUUGAAUCGUUCCAGGUUCAGUGCUCGGGCACUUAAGGGCUUUACAGAUAUCAGGACAAAGGAAUUGGUAUUUGGAGCUAAAUUGGAUACGGAAACAAAUGAUUUCAUAAUUUGGUUUGAUGAUUUCCGUGAAAAUACUGCAGUAGUGCUGCUAUUGUAUGCCGACUCAUUGGAAAACGUCAAGAAAUUGGUGGAUAUCUGCAAGUUUCAUAUACCAAAUGAGAUGAAUAAGAUUAUAUUUUGGGAAACGGAAUUGUAUGAUUUCGAUAAAAGCGGAGAGUCCAGAAAUGAAAAGGAGAUUCAGACAUUCGUCAAAGAUCAGCUUGGAUGCGAAACAGGACUAGAGAAUGGCUCCCUAAGUGCAUUAAGAAUGCUUAAAGAGACAGUUAAUUCACAGAGGGACACCAUUUGGGAGGGAAAUGGCAAAUGGGCCUGGUUUUGA